AACACCAUGUCCCCUUCAAUAUGCAUACAGCAACUUAACCUGCAGCUCAAGCAAAUCUCACUAGCUAACUAUACAAACCCUGCAAAUACAGAGAGAAAUUAAGAUUGUGAUCAGCUACUAACCACUAUAUUUGUAUGGGAGGAAGAGGGAAGAAGAAGUCGGUGCUGGCCUCGCUGUUCGGGUUCAAGAGCGGCGGCGAGAGGCGGCGGCAGCAGCAGCAGGAGGAGAUGGCGACGGCUGCGGCGGCCGGAAGGAAGCAGCAGCAGAGGUCGUACUACUGCCCGGAGCGGAGGAGGAGGGUGUGGCCGAGCGACGAGGACAACGACAACUACUACGCCGAGCGUGACAUCGACCGGAGGGCCUCCGAGUUCAUCGACAAGGUGCAUCGCGGGAUGCUGAUCGCCGGCGGCGAGCAAGAUGGCUAGUCGAUCGAUCUAUAAGUAUCUUUAUUGCUCUUGACUGGAGAGAGAGAGAGAGUUGCAGCUAGCUAGAAUAUACUCGCUCCGUUCUGAAAUAUAGUAUAACUUAGAAUUGGAUGGAACAUCACCUAGUCCAAUAAAUCUGGAUAUGACCCUAUAUUGAUACAUUGAAUUAGGUGAUGUUUCAUCGAUUUCUAAAUUGCUAUAUUUUAGAACUAGUAAGUAGUUCUGCAUGGUGGCAUUAGUUGUUGAAAUGGAUUGACUGCUUAUGCGUGUCUUAGUUGAAUUGCUCAAUUAAUUUGGUACGUUCAAAUACCAAUUAUUUGCCAAUAUAUGUAAAUAUUUUGUACUCUCUCCUUUUUAAAAUAUGAGGAGUUUUAAUUGGAUAAGAUAUAUUCUAGUGCUAUGAAUCUGGAUAGACAGAUUUAUAGUAGGGUGUGUCUCAUCAAACCAAAACUUAUUAUAUUUUAGAACGGAGGAGUAGUAUUUUUGUGUGUUGUGUGUGAGAGAAAUAAUGAUAUGUACAGUGAGCACGCAUAUCCUUCAAUUCGUGUAAUCAUGUAUAUGUCUGUAGUCUUCGUAUUUAUGCACCAUUUUUUUUUGUUA